AUGAUCUCUAUCUCAGACUCGUCCGGAUUACGAUUCGAGGUACCCGCUGCAGACGCAAAGGAUGUACCUGUCGCACGUGGUGACUCGCCAAGUGGAGGAUUCAACCAGGAGGCGACGAAUCGCCUGCUGCUGAGGCGUGAGAGGCACUUUCUGCGGCCGCACGCAUGCGCGCAGCAGCUCGCGUGGUUUUGGAAACCACGAGUUGGAUUGGCAAAUGAAUGGAAUCAGACCAACAAGUAA